CCCCAACCCGCGGCCCGUGCCUAAGCGACUCGGAGCGCUUGCUGACUCGCUCGGCCUCAUCGCUGGUGUCGGCGCCUCUGGCAAGCCGGCAAUCGGGCUCCUGCGCGCGGCGGCGCCUGGGCAGGAGGGCGGCCCGACGCCUGGCGCCCGGAACCGCGACUCCGCCCUGCGCGAGAAAGGACCCCAGGGGCGGGCGGGGCCGGGGCGAAGGUCGCCGAGGCUUCUCCAAGAGACAGGGGCGCUGGGCGGCGCGGCUGGCGGGAGGGCGAGAGGGGGGCCUGCCGGGGGCCGCACGCCCAGAGCGGCUGGAUGCAUCCAUUGGCGUCCCCGCGGGGAGUGCGGGGCCUGAGCUAACGGUUACGGACGCCAUCCGGCGCCGCGCGGCCCACGUGCGCCAUCGCGCCCGGAGCCCCUGGCCUUCCGCGGAGGGCAGCCGGCAGAUUUUUACCGCGCCCUGCGUUGUGGCAGGCAAGGAAUCGUGCUUGGAGAAGAUGGAAGAGGAGAAGCGGCCGCAGCCCUCCGAGGGCCUGUUUGCGGACGGGCAACUGGUCCUAUGGACACUGUGCUCGGUGCUGCUGCCCGUGUUUAUCACCUUCUGGUGCAGCCUUCAGCGUUCGCGCCGGCAGCUGCACCGCAGGGACAUUUUUCGCAAGAGCAAGCACGGGUGGCGCGACACGGACCUGUUUAGCCAUCCUACCUACUGCUGCGUGUGCACACAGCACAUCCUGCAGGGCGCCUUCUGCGACUGCUGCGGGCUGCGCGUGGACGAGGGCUGCCUCAAGAAGGCCGACAAGCGCUUCCAGUGCAAGGAGAUCAUGCUCAAGAAUGACGGCAGGGCCUUGGACGCCAUGCCCCACCACUGGAUCCCGGGCAACGUUCCCCUGUGCAGCUACUGUGUGGUUUGCAAGCAGCAGUGCGGCAGCCAGCCCAAGCUCUGCGAUUACAGGUGCAUUUGGUGUCAGAAAACAGUACAUGAUGAGUGCAUGAAAAAUAGCGUAAAGAAUGAAAAGUGUGAUUUUGGAGAAUUCAAAAACCUCAUCAUUCCACCAAGUUAUUUAACCUCCAUUAAUCAGAUGCGUAAAGACAAAAAAACAGAUUAUGCAGUGCUGGCCUCUAAGCUUGGAAAGCAAUGGACUCCAUUAAUAAUCCUGGCCAACUCUCGUAGUGGAACUAACAUGGGAGAAGGGCUGUUGGGAGAAUUCAGGAUCCUUCUAAAUCCAGUCCAGGUUUUUGAUGUAACGAAAACUCCCCCUAUCAAAGCCCUGCAACUUUGUACUCUUCUUCCUCAUUACUCCGCUCGAGUGCUUGUCUGUGGAGGAGAUGGGACUGUGGGCUGGGUCCUGGAUGCAGUUGAUGAAAUGAAGAUUAAGGGACAAGAAAAAUACAUUCCACAAGUUGCAGUCUUGCCUCUGGGAACAGGCAACGAUCUAUCCAAUACGUUGGGCUGGGGUACAGGUUAUGCGGGAGAAAUCCCAGUCACACAGGUCUUAAGAAAUGUGAUGGAAGCAGAUGGAAUUAAACUGGACAGAUGGAAAGUUCAAGUAACAAAUAAAGGAUACUACAACUUGAGAAAACCCAAGGAAUUCACAAUGAACAACUAUUUUUCUGUUGGACCUGAUGCUCUCAUGGCUCUCAAUUUUCAUGCUCAUCGUGAGAAGGCACCAUCUCUGUUUUCUAGCAGAAUUCUUAAUAAGGCUGUUUACUUAUUCUAUGGAACCAAAGAUUGUUUAGUGCAAGAAUGUAAAGACUUGAAUAAAAAAGUUGAGCUAGAGCUGGACGGUGAGCGAGUAGAACUGCCGAAUUUGGAAGGUAUUAUCGUUCUGAACAUCGGUUACUGGGGCGGCGGCUGCAGGCUGUGGGAAGGGAUGGGAGACGAGACUUACCCUCUAGCCAGGCAUGAUGAUGGUUUACUGGAAGUCGUUGGAGUAUAUGGGUCUUUCCACUGUGCUCAGAUUCAAGUGAAACUGGCAAAUCCUUUUCGAAUAGGACAAGCACAUACAGUGCGGCUGAUUUUGAAGUGCUCAAUGAUGCCAAUGCAAGUUGAUGGGGAGCCAUGGGCCCAAGGGCCCUGCAUUGUCACCAUAACUCACAAGACGCAUGCACUGAUGUUGUACUUCUCUGGAGAACAAACAGACGAUGACAUCUCUAGUACUUCAGAUCAAGAAGACAUAAAGGAAACUGACUAGCUGGAUGAGAAAAUGAAAACUUACUCCAGAAUCCUCACAAACCAGUAGACAUAGAGUCAUCCAAAAAGUAGAAAUUCUGUCAACUAUUUAGUCUUUAUUUCACCAGUAGUAUAAUGAGUAUACAUUUCUGUAAAUAGCAUUCCAAAAACAGCCAGACUUCCCAGUGAUUACAAAUGCCUGUGUUUUUUUUUUUCAUCAAAACACUUUGAUCACAUAGUACUCAUUUUUUAAAGUCACAAAAGGUUGCGUGAAGGUAACUUGUUUUUUCAUGGCUUUAUGUUUGUGAGUGAGGUUUGCUCUGAAGGGUACGCUCUCACUCCUUAUUCUUGAACCAUAUGUUUGAUGUGGGUGGAAACAUCAUUUCCACCUUAAUUUUUAAUAUGGUGACACUAUAUCAUUUUAAAAAUUAACUUACGUUUUUGAAAGGAGAUGGUUGGUUUCAGACCAGUGUGGUUAAUGCAGGGCACCCUCCUGCAGCAUGGCUUUUCAGAUUCCUACAUACAGCCCAGCACCAAGUGGGUCCACAAGUAUUUAUUUCCAGGAAACCCUAAAAGGAGAAAUGUAAAACAAAGACUACUUAACAUUUUUAUUAUGAUUUUUAUUUUGGAAGCGUUUCCAGACGCCCAGAUGUUUGGUUAUCCCUGGUAAUGACCACGUUGAAUUGAAAUUCAGGAUCUUGUUUCUAACCCAGUAUAACCCAAAGAGAGCCACAUAGGUAAAUUGGUAAAAAUUAACAUAGGUGAAUUGGUAAAAAUUAAGCACUCUGGAUUGAAAGUUAGGGGUUCCGAGCUGGGCAGUACACCAGUCUCUUUUGACUAAAAGACAGUGUCACCCAUUCAAAAAAAAUGUACUAAAGAAAAUUUACUAGUUAUAUUAAUCACUCAAAAACAGUUCAAUAAUGAGUGAUAAGUUUAAAAAAUUUGGUGGUCUUAUAGUUGUUUAAAAUACAAUAGUUUUUUAGAGCCAAAGUACUUAGAAUUUCCCCUGGGGAAGUUCCAAAUCCUCUGCUAAAAUGUUUGUAUCAUAUUUAUUUUAAAAUGAGAGAGAGAUAUUUUUUUUACUUAUUUAUUUUCUUCAUUGUGGUAACGUGUUUAGUGUUUACAAUAUAUAGCUUUAUUUAAGAAGUGAAACUGAUCACAUAAAUUCUAGUCACAAUCAGAAAUGUAGCCUAUCGACUAAGCAAUUAAAACAUAUAAUUCUCCUAACAGUUAUUCUCAUUCUUCAGAAAUAUUUCUCAAUUUUUUUUUUUUUCCAAAGAAAAGGUUUGGGGUGGGGAGUGAAAGCACUGGCAAACUCCUUUUGGAUAACUGAAAGUUUUAUUUCAUUGUUUUGUUUGACCCUCAAUUGCCAAAAACAUAUUGAAGGACUAGUCUCAUGGUUACCCAUUACAGGGUGCUCUGCUCUUGUGAACCAACGUACUCCUUUGGGUCCUGUACUUAGAUUCAUUGGGCCUCCUGUCUGGUGUUUUUCUAACAAAUGGCCCGUUUGUGUACUUGCUGGUCUUUCACAACAUUAAUCUCUGAAAGAUUAGAAUGUAUCCCCCAAAACACCAUUAGCUCUCCUUAAGGAACUAUUAUGAACCUGUCAUCCAUGAAUUGCUGUAAACUUCAAUUUCAGUCACCUUCAGGCCCAGGAACAACUUAGUGCUGUAUACAGUAAUCAGUACAUUAUAUAAAAUACUUUUUAUUUUGCUUAGAUUAACCUCUUCCAGAUCUCAACAGGAGAUGCUAAAUUCUAGUACUGAAAGAUUCUGUGAGCAGAUCUGUUUCACCUUAUUCAUACACCUUUCAGUAGGUAACCUAUUGUGGUGGGAGUUUUGUAGAUUGUCUUUUAUGGGCUGAUCAUGUUUUGAGUAUAAUGAGUUUUAUUCUUUAAUUCAUGAUCAAAAUUGUUACAGAUGUUACAUUUUACAAACAUACUGUUAAGUUCACUUUGCUUUAGGCUGUGUUAUCUAUAAUUCGUAGUGCUAAUUGUCAACUCAGAACAUACAGUUAAUUUGGGAUAUCAGAAAUAAAAUAACUAGUCUUUUUUUUUCAUUGUUAAAACUACUCUAACUAUAAUGUUACAUUGGAUUUAGAGCAGGUUUAUCUAUAACACCGUCAUUUAUUUAAACAAAUUGGUUUUUCGGGUUUCAUAAUCCAUUGAGGUUUUUUUCCUCAGUCACCCUUCAUGAAGUUUUCCUGUUGCUUUAUUUACUCAUUCUGACUUAAUUUUUAUUUAGGAAAGUUAUUUCAGAAUACCAUAUUAUAAAACAUAUUAUCUUAUUUCAGCAAAAUUCACUUUUUUAGGCACAUUUACUCAGCAUUUCAAAUAAAUAUAUAAGCACGUGUCUUGUUUUAAAUAAUUACAAUUUACAUGACUCAUGUUUGCAAGUUAUAUAUUAGGUAGCGAUUGUUUACAUUCCCAGAGAUUCUACACUUUACAGAAGAUAAUUUGCCAUAAGAUUUCCCUGUUCCGUUUGAAAUGGCCUUGAUUUUUUACAAUAAUAGCUUCUAUAUUCUCAGGAAGAAAUAUAUGAAGCAAAGCAUAUCUCCAUGCCUGUUUCAGUUUCUCUCGUCUUUUGCUGUCCUCACACAUUCCUAACCCCUGGUAAAUUUGGUGGGUUACUCACUCAGUACCUGGCAGCUCUUAAUGGGUCCCUCAUAGAAGUAGAUGGUGAUCAUUUUCAGUACUUUGAUACGUUUAAUAGAAAACACACUGACUUGUGUUUUAAAACAUAGUUUGUCUAAUGGGAAGAUUACAUGAUCUUAAGUGUGUUUUAGGUUUUUCUGCAACAAUUAGCUGUGUGAGCCCUUAAUUAUAAGCGAAUGUUUAUAAAAGUUUUAUAGUCAAAAUUAUUUUAUUUUUUAAGGUGUGUCAAAAAUUGCUUUUUGAAAUAUAUUUGCCUAAUUAGAGUUGUCAAAUAUACUGUGACUCCAACUGUAUAAAGUCCUUUUUGUGCUAUAAAAAGGAAUACUACCAACA